AUGAUAUCCAAGAUACUUCUCAUAUGCAAGGCCUUCGGCGCCACAUUCCGCCAGAUUUACUACGCCAUACAUCUCGCCGUCUCCCCGCGUCUCCAUCGUCUCACCUACCGAACUGUCGCCCAUCCUCGCAAUGUCGUCGUCGUUGGCGCCUCGUUCGCCGGCUACCACGCCGCCCGAUGUCUAGCCAGCUCUUUGCCAACGGGAUAUCGCGUCGUCGUUGUGGAGAAAAACUCCCAUUUUCAGCUGACUUGGGUGUUACCGCGGUUUAGCGUCGUGCGCGGCCACGAGCAGAAAGCGUUUAUUCCCUAUGGGCAUUAUCUUUCGUCUGUGCCUGAGGGCUCUUGCAAGUGGGUGCAGGAUACAGUGGUGCAGGUGCUUGUGUCUGGGGAUGAAGAUGAGGAUAGACCGAACCAGGUCUGUCUGGAGUCCGGGACUGUGAUUGAUUUUGAGUAUUUAGUUGUGGCAACAGGGUCAUCCGCCGCAUUACCGUCCCGGGUGGGUGUGACUUCCAAGAAAGAAGGCAUGGAGAUGUUGGUUCGUCAGCAGGAUCGAUUGCUGGCUGCAUCGAAUGUGGUCGUCUUAGGUGGGGGACCAGCGGGGAUUGAGCUGGCGGCGGAUGCGAAGGAAACGUAUCCGGAGAAGAACGUGACUUUGGUGCAUUCGCGGUCGAGACUGUUAAAUGAUCAUUUUGGGCCGACACUGGGCCGGCGGGCCAAGGAGGAGUUGGAGCGGUUGGGCGUGAGUAUGAGAUUGGGGGAGAGGGUGAUGGUUAACGAGGAGGAGACGAGCAAUGUGCGGCUCCAUUCGGGGGAGACGAUCCCAUGCGACUAUUUGGCGAAAUGCGUCGGUCAGAGACCCAAUUCAGCCCUGAUUCAGGCCCUAUCCCCCGAGUCAGUCUCAGAUUCAGGACAUAUCAAGGUGCGUCCGACGCUGCAGCUAGCGGAUCCGGGGCUAGACCAUGUCUACGCGGCGGGCGAUGUGAUCGACCUUGAUGGUAUUCGAAAUGGACGCUCAGCGUUUGUGCAGGCACAGACAGUAGCGGAGAACAUCGUACGGUCAAUUCGAUCGGAGAAGCAGGCCGAGUAUCAUUACCGCUGGUGGGAGGGCAUGACCAAGCUGACUUUGGGAGUGACAAAUACGGUGGCGUAUAUGACCGACGGAACGGCGGAGAUCAGCUUUUCUAUGAAAGGGACGGAGGAAAUGGACAGCGCCAUGGUGUGGAAGCUUCUUGGAGCGAAGCCUUUCGAGUAA